AUGUCACAACAGUCGAUCAAACGGAAAUUUAUCCCAGUUUUGAGCAGUGAACAGACGUGUUCUAGUCGUGCGACACACUUGGAGAGAGUUCUCUACUAUGAGGACCUACACGUCACUGAGAUGGACUUGUACAAUGCCAGCAAGGUAGCGUUCGACGAAUGUCGCUCUGUCUGCGCAGAGGACCUCACUUGCAGGGCUUUCAUAGCCGACAACCGCCAAGGAACGUGUGCAUGGUUUCGUGAUAAAUCCUCAAGCAGUUCCAACAGCGAUGACGUCAUAAGGCAGAUAGACUUUAUGGAGUACGAAACUCAAGGUUUCUGCGCCACGGCACCGGAACUAGAAUGUUACCGCGUAGUAAAAGGAAAAGCGGCGUACACCGGAAGAAGAAUGACGACAACUUCGGGGAUCACGUGUCAGAGGUUUGACCAGCAGACGCCUCAUGGACAUAGCCAAACAAAUCCAGCUGACUUCUAUGUGACGUCACUCUCGGAGGUGGAAAAUUUCUGUCGAGAUCCGGAUGGGUCUAAAAUUGCAUGGUGCUUCACAAUUGAUCCCGAUGUCAGAUGGGGACCAUGUGGAAUUCCGCUUUGCAUAUAAGAAGUAUAUAUCCUCUGUCACUCUGUACUGAACAUAUUUAACAUAUUCCUCGGGUCGAUAAUCUUAACUCCUGUUGUGUGCUAAAUUACAUUUUAAAAUACAAAUUUUUAAAUUCCAAAUGCCUGGAAAUGCAUUUUAGGCUUUUAGAGAUUUAAAAAAUGUCCAAGGUUAUUGCGUUCUUUGUUAUGGAUAGAAGAUGAAAAUUGUUUAAAACACUAGAAUGUCUAUAAUAGUAAACUUUUAUGAACUUUUUCCUUAAAACAUUGUAUAUUGAACAAUAAAUAAUAAAAUGCUACUCGUCUUCUAUCUCAUUAUUAUUGCAAAAUGUACAUACUCUUUCUUGUCUAUCAAUACCUCUAUAUUGGCCAGAUUCUAUAUUUAGAUUGUGAGAAGAUAUUCUAACCUUUACUAUUUCCUUUAAAUGCUAAUUGUUUAUGGGUUUUUGAAGGUACAUUUAUAAUUUAAAUUCAUUUAACAUAUACUGGUGGAGCUUCCCUUUUGCUAUGACUAUUAUUCGACUGUAACAAAGCUGUUUAAAUGUGUCGCAUAUCCUUUCCUUAAUUAUAUUAUUAUAUUAUAUUUAACAUGUGUUAAAUCCCAUAUAUAAUUUAAUCCCAGUUCAUUUAGUUCCUGUUUAAUAUUCAUUAACCAAUUAUCUUCAUAUA